AUGUCGUCUUCGUCGAGUUAUUCCACCCACUAUCCACUCCCCUGGCCUCUCUUUUCUCGCCUUCUCAGCACUUCUUAUAAUAUGCCACGCAUGCUAUUAAUCAUGGUCACUCUCAAGAUUAUAUCCUAUCUUCUCAUUAAUGAAACCGCGUGCCUGCUAUGUGUACCGUCAUCCUUCAAGUGCUGCGCUCAUCGACUCUUGCCGUUUUCACACCACAUGUAUCCAUAUUCACUUCGGGACCGAGACGAAACGGAACGUUGA